GGUGGCACUUUGGAAUAGACCACGAAAAGCGGCGGACCGCUUAGCCAGUAUGGAAAUUGUUAUAAGGUUUCUGCAAAGCAUAGCCCCCGUUUUCUUGGCCCACGGCAUUGUCGGCAUUAUCGCCUUCUGUGUGAGGCUGUAUAUGCAGGGCGGAAAGUUCAGGAAGCAGACCGAUGAGACAGGAAAAGUGGCCAUCGUUACUGGCGGAAACACGGGCCUUGGCAGGGAGACAGUGCUGGAGUUGGCUAGGAGAGGAGCCACCGUUUACAUGGCCUGCCGCAGUAAAGAAAAGGGGGAAAGAGCUCGAAGGGAGAUCGUCAAGGUGACCGGAAACCCCAACGUCUUCUCACGGGAGUGUGACUUGUCGUCUCUGGAAUCCAUUCGUAAUUUUGCAGAAAACUUCAAGAAAGAGCAGAGGGAGCUGCACAUCCUUAUCAACAAUGCCGGUGUAUUUUGGGAGCCGCAUAGAUUGACGAAAGAGGGAUUCGAAAUGCACCUCGGAGUAAACCACAUUGGUCACUUCCUGCUAACCAACCUAUUGCUCGAUGUGCUAAAGAGUUCAGCUCCUAGUCGGGUGGUGGUAGUCGCCAGCAGGGCCCACGGACGGGGUCAGAUUAAAGUGGAUGACAUCAACAGCUCUGAUUCCUACGACGAGGGAGUAGCCUACUGUCAAAGUAAGCUGGCCAACAUACUUUUCACCCGCGAAUUGGCCAAGCGGCUGGAGGGAACGCGUGUCACGGUCAACGCCCUUAAUCCUGGAAUAGCAGACACGGAGAUAGCCAGGAACAUGAUCUUUUUCCAAACAAAGUUUGCUCAGUAUGUGGUAGAAACAGUCUUAAGGCCGCUUCUUUGGUCCGUGAUGAAGUCACCUAAGAACGGAGCCCAGACUACAUUGUAUGCUGCCUUGGAUCCUGAUCUCGAACAAGUAUCGGGUCAAUACUUUAGCGACUGCGCUCUGGCUCCUGUAGCUCCCGCUGCCCUCGACGACCAGAUGGCCCAGUGGUUGUGGGCGCAGUCUGAAAAGUGGUCGGCAAUUGCGCUGUAAAUUCAGCACUCCUAGUAUUGUGAUUUGGCUAGUCGCAAUUAAAGCCACUUUGAUAUCACAACAGCCAUGGUUUUUGCACAACGCACUCUUAGAAUAAUAGGGUAUACUGAAUUCAAAAUGAGGUAAUGUUAAUGUAGGUAAUACAUAUUUAUGUUAGACGGGCACAAGUGUCAUACUCAAUUCAAUCGAUGAAAACAUAAGUUUACUACUACCAAACAAUCAAUAAUUCCCUAAUUGUGUAUAAAAAGUAUACAACCGCUUUUAACACAUUAAUAUAUUAAACAUUUAGUUAUUUAUGAUUUCGA